AUGACACCCAAAGUCCUCGUCGUCCUCACCUCCCACGACAAGCUCGGCUCCACCGGUAACCCAACCGGCUGGUAUCUGCCCGAAUUCGCCCAUCCCCACGAAGUCCUCCACAACAAGGUUUCUCUAACCAUCGCCUCACCAAAAGGCGGCGAAGCACCCCUUGACCCAUCCUCCGUAAAGAUGUUCGAGUCAGACGAAGUCUCGCAGAAGUUCCUGAAAGAACAAAAAUCCCUAUGGACGAACACGCACAAGCUCGCAGAUAUGCUUCCGCGCGCAGGCGAGUUCGAUGCCGUCUUCUACGUUGGCGGUCAUGGACCAAUGUUCGACCUAACUGAAGACCCCACCUCACUGGCUCUAAUCCAGACUUUCGCAGCAGCCAACAAGCCCGUCGCCGCCGUCUGCCACGGCCCCUGCGUCCUGCUGAAUGCGACUGCGCCCUCCGGCGUGCCGCUUAUCUCCGGCGUCGGUGUGACCGGGUUCUCGAACGACGAGGAGGAUGCUGUGAGUCUGUCUGCUGCGAUGCCGUUUAUGCUGGAGACGGAGUUGGGUCGUGUUACGGGUGGGAAGUAUGUUAAGGCUGCGGAGCCUUGGGGGGAGAUGGUUGUUGUUGGGAAGGCGGCUGGGACGGGGUCGACGAUUAUUACGGGGCAGAAUCCUGCGUCGGCGACAGCGGUUGGGAAGGAGAUUUUGAAGGCUUUGGGGUUGUAG